ACCUGAGUUCGAUUUUUUUUUUUUUUUUACAUUUUCUUGUUCAUUUUUUUCUCUUUAUAUUAUUUAUUUUUACAGCUUACUGAUUAGUCCUAGGAUCGGUUUAAUCAUCUCGGAUAAAGGAAUGUGCUUAUUUAGGGCUUGCAUACAUGCAUAUAUGUUGGUUUACAGAGUUUGUUUUUCCUUUUGAGUUUCGUUUGAAGUGUGCUAACUGAUCUGUGAAAGAAAAAAUCAUUCUUUUUUAUUUAAUUUUUUCAUUAACAUAUGUUUGGGAAAUUAGGAAUUUGCAUUAUUCUUGGACUGGUAUGGAAAUAUUCUACAAGAAUUAUUUGGGAUUUUUCUUUUAGUUUGUGUGCCUGUGUUUUAAUUUAUUUUCCAAUUCAGGUUGUGUUAAGAGAGAUACCUCUGAAACUUAUAACGAUUAGUGAUUGAAAAAUGUGGACUUGAGUUCAUUUGGCACAGAUUGUGUCAAGGGACCGCUUAUUCUUGAGCUGCUGCCUCCUGUUUUCAUAGUCACAACUUUCUUCAAGCUCAUGGGGCUUUUUUGGUGCCUCCUUUUGAUGCUUUCCUUCUAUGUGAACUAACCAACAUAAGUGUUAGUGAGUAGUAGAACAUUGUUUGACUGCAUUCAUUGUAGGUAUCGGCUUACCAUUUUUUGCGGCCGGGAUGCUCGUCAAUCACUAGUGGUUGUUGUGCCUUAUUUGUCUGCUUGCCCCAUUUGUUAACUAUAAUGUGUGCACAUGUUCUCCUUUUUUGCCUGAUUUUCAAAAUUUUUGGAGAAAGCUGUGCUAAUUGAGCUCGAAAUAUUCUUUAAUAUUGUCUAAAAUUGCUUGGUAUUGACUUUGAUAUGUUGCAAUAAUUGUUUAUCAGAAAUCUAUUCUAAGUUCACUAAUAAGUUUGUACUCUUGUCAGGGAGAUACCGUAGUUCGUUGGGUUUCAUGAUAUGAAAAAAAAAAGAUGAAAUUUAUGAUUUUUUAUUCUUUCUUUUGGUUCUGUUCUGGUGAUUGUCACAUGUACAGCUUCUGUUUAACUGUUAAAAGUUUAUACUUUCUGUGACUUUUGGUUAUUUUUCUUUGUUUACUUGUCGUGGCUGUUUUUUUUCCUUCUCCGAACUGCCCGCUUUCAAAGUGGAAUAGCAGAUUGUUUGGUUUUCUCUCAAUUUUCAGAAGAUAUUUGGUUGCGGGUUUUUGUUGAUUUUUUUUACUUACUAAGAUUUAGAGGGCAAUUCUAUUGACUUAAUUGCUAUUUGCUUCACAAAUUGCUUGAAAUUGAACUUUGGUUUUUUCCUCAUAUAAACAGAUAGCACCUGCUACAUGCCUGAAACUUGUUAACUUUUGUGUUUGCAUUAAAGUUCAAGGAGUGGAUUGGCUUCUGAACAUUUUCUAGCUUAAUUCAGACUUGAUAUUAGAUGGCUGGUGGUGGGCAACAAGAAAAUGGGAGAUAUAUGCUGGAUUACUACAAAGGAGUACACCCUCCGUGGAACAUGAUGCCACAACAUCACAUGAAAGAACAAAGUAAUGCCUUGGUCAUGAAUAAGAAAAUUAUGUCCAUACUUGCUGAGCGGGAUGCUGCGAUUCGAGAACGGGAUAUUGCUGUUUCUGAAAGGAAGGAAGCCCUGGCUACACGAGACGAGGCCCUCCAGCAGAGGGAUAAGGCACUUGCUGAGCGGGAUGGUGCCUUAAUGGAGAGAGAUAAUGCUUUAGCUGUGCUACAGUAUCGGGAAAAUGCCAUGAACUUCCCUAUUGGUAGUGGUAUUCAGCGCGGAGGAAAAUGCAUGCACCCCACAUACCAUUCAACUGAUAUGGAUGAAACUGUCAACAGUGAAAUGCAUGUUACUGAUGCCUUUCCAGUAUCUACCAUUGCUUGUGAAGAAGGCAAGUCUUGUCCUGUAAAACGAACAAAGGAGAAUAAACCCGUUUCAUCAAAGUCACCACAAAAGAUGAAGAAAGUGGAUGAGGAUUUAAGUAGGCAAGCUGGUACUGAGGUAAAGAAGUGUAAAUCUGAGGGGAAUGAUCAGGAUAUUGGGUUGAACAUGGAAAAAUUUGAUGAAAUCAGAAUACCCGCGCCUGUUUGCACAUGCACAGGAGUUCCCCGACAGUGCUACAAGUGGGAAAAUGGUGGAUGGCAGUCAUCUUGUUGCACUACCACUAUGUCAUCAUACCCAUUGCCGCAGAUUGCAAACAAGCGCCAUGCGAGAGUAGGUGGCCGGAAGAUGAGUGGUAAUGUCUUCACAAAAUUGCUUAGUCGCCUGGUUGCUGAAGGCCAAGAUCUUUCAAUACCGCUGGAUCUCAAGAGCCACUGGGCUAGACAUGGGACCAAUCGUUACAUCACCAUCAAGUAGCUUAUGGACAAACUUAAGCGUGGACUAUGUUUCUGUCUUGGAACCUCUCAUUUUGAUGCAGUCUAACACAAGGAUUCCAUGGAACUUGGAUUGAAUUACACGAAAAGGAAUGGAGCUUUUGGAUAAGAGGAUGUUUCUUUGCUCCAUUGAUUUAGGUUUUUGUAAUUCCUAAAAUGUUAAUCUUCAUUUUACAGGAGCUUACACAUGCGGCAGUCUAGAUGGCCAGAACAAAGUGGUUCUAUAAUUUUCAGUCAAACUUAUAUUCCCUUGGUAAUUGUUAGAAUCCAAAUGGCCUUCCGGCAUCCUAGAAAAGGAUCAUCUCGUGCAUGCGAACAGGCCCAGGAGCUGAUGAAACCAACACUUUCUUUGCCUUUAUCUCAAGUUCCUACGGCAUGUAGCAACUUUAAACAGUGAAACUUUUAGCGUACAACUAUAUAUGUUGUCUAUUCGAUCAUUAUACUCUCAGAAGAUUUCAAUUUUGAUUUAUGGUAAGCAUCAACUUAUCAAUUAUGAAAGUGGGGCAGAAGGCUCAGCCACGUGCCCGUGUGGACAUUGACCGCAGGACAUGCCAGUAUAAUUUUGAUCCAAAAUUGCUGUGGCAGUCUCCAAAGUCUAUUGUCGAAGCGUUCCAUCAACCGUGAGGUUUUUGUCAGAUAUUGGAUGUGGGGUUCUCUCCUUUCACUAUCUUAUCAUUUUGAUGGCGUGUGCGGUAUGCACCAUCCAUGACAUUAACUGAACUUAAUUUGAGUAUAUAAUUCUCAUUUCCAACAUGUUUGGAUUGUGAUCAAAUGCCAUGAUGUUGCACAA